AUGUCAGGUUCCUUUUCGAAGAAGGCCCCGACACCAUCAAAAGCUCCUUUGGGCUCCAAAUCCCGGGGUUCCGUAAAACGAAACAGCAGCCUCCUGAAUUUUUUUCAGAAGACGGACGGUCCGCCACAGGCUACUUCACGACAGUCCCGAAUCACGCAGUUCGCGACGAAGUUAGACCGUUCUUCCAAGAGUGGAAAUACUACGCCCUCUCUCCGGAGAGAGGCUAGUUCUAAGUCAGUCAACAGCGCCGGGGGGUUGUUCCUGGAAGAUAAAAGUGGAAGGGGAUCACUAUUUGGGGGAACUGUGGCUACUGAAGAACUAGAAAGAGCAAGGUCGCGGACGCCAGAUGAUAUCUGGGGAGAAAGGGAUAUUGGAGAAUCAGAGGUGCCAGAGGGUGAGAAGUAUAUUGAGAAUGGAUCUGCUGUUAAGAGGCGGAAGAUGGAUUGUUCGGUUGACCAGAAAGCACAUAAUGAUUCGGAUACAGUCUGUACGCCUCUAUCCACGAAAGAUCGACAUGUCAGCGGUCCGUUCAUUGAUGAAUCCGAUAGCGAGGACGACCUACAACCAUUUGGGGAAUUCGAGGAAGGAACAAUGGAUCCGAGGAAAGAAGACACGGAGGGCAAAGAAAAACUGACCGACAUUGAUAAUAAUGAAGACCGGGCAAACAGUAAACGACCUACCACCGUCGUCCCACCAUUGGUAAGAGAAGCCAUGAGCCAUAUCGCAGAUGAUGAAUAUACGAAUUUUGACGAUCUAGAAGAGGAUGGAUUCAGCGGAGAAGAUGAAUUUUUAGACCAGGAAAGCGAACUUGAAGAGAAUGGUGUGGAAGAGGUUAUUUGUUGUGGCGAUUCCACGGCUUUAGAGAGAGGUGAUACGGAUUUCAGGGACGAGGUGUCUACAUGCCCAAUAUGCCAGGUUGAGCUGUUUGGCCUGAAUGAAGCUCAGGAUGUGUCAGUACAUGUGAAUGAUUGCCUUGAUGGAAAGCCUAGCGCCAUUCCACCGAACAUAAAGCCAGAGGUUUUACAGGAAGAUUUACGACCACUGGCACAGCCUUCUGUGGCAAAGCCGGCGCAGAAAGACCCGUACUUCCUGGACAAAAGAAAACCAAAAACAGGGACGGCCUUUUCAAAGCUUAUGGCCGGUAAUGCCGAAGACACCGCAUGGACCACAGCGGCAGCACGGGAGGUUGCGUCCCGUGGGAAACCGGCGCAUCAGCGUACUUGUCCAUUCUACAAGAUUAUCCCGGGACUUUCUAUCUGCGUGGAUGCAUUCCGCUAUGGGGCAGUUGAAGGGUGUACUGCCUAUUUUCUCACCCACUUCCACAGCGAUCACUACAUGGGUCUGACAGCCUCGUGGCGACAUGGUCCCAUUUACUGCAGCAGGCCCACCGCCAAUCUAGUACGCCAACAACUUAAGGUGGACCCCAAAUGGGUGGUAGACCUAGACUUUGAGAAGAAAACGGAAGUACCGGGAACCAAUGGUGUGCAAGUGACCUUGAUCGAAGCCAACCAUUGUCCUGGAAGCGCAUUAUUUCUGUUUGAGAAACAAAUCGGUUCUGGCUCAUCUAGAAAGGUCCAACGAAUCCUCCAUUGCGGUGAUUUCCGAGCAUCCCCAACACAUGUGCAACACUCGCUCCUCCGCCCAGAGACCCUUGACCCCAAUACGGGUCGAAGUCGACAGCAAUGGAUCGACGUUUGCUAUCUUGACACCACUUAUCUCAACCCCAAAUACUCGUUUCCUAGCCAAGAAGACGUGAUUAAAGCGUGCGCUGACCUCUGCGUCGGCCUGGACCAAAGCUCGGGCGAUGAGUUCGGCCAGAUGGUUCGGCAGCCGCAGCCUGUGAAAACAGGGCAAGGGAAUAUGAUGAGUCGGUUUAUUUCCUCCGUGACGGGAUUGAGCAAGCCGCAGGGCCAGGGCCCUGGCGCAGCUGGUCGACUACUGGUGGUGAUUGGGACGUAUAGUAUUGGCAAGGAACGCAUCUGCCUGGGUAUUGCACGUGCUUUGAAAAGUAAGAUCUAUGCCACGGCGGCCAAACAACGGGUGUGCAACUGUUUAGAGGACGGGGAGCUGUCGUCACUGUUAACAGACAACCCUCUUGAGGCACAGGUACAUAUGCAGACACUGUUUGAGAUACGAGCCGAGACGCUGGCAGACUAUUUGGACUCGAUGAGACCACACUUUUCUCGCGUAGUCGGGUUCCGUCCGACAGGAUGGACCUACCGGCCGCCAGCCGGACGAACGAUGGACAAUCCGCCAGUGUCGACGGUGCUCCAUUCAUCACAUUGGAGGACACCCUUCACGGUCCAGGAUCUGGCGGCUCAGCGCGGGAGCACGCGGGAGAGCUCGUGUUAUGGAGUGCCCUACAGCGAGCACAGCUCCUUCCGCGAGCUGACUAUGUUCUGCUGCGCACUCCGGAUCGGACGAGUGAUUCCCACGGUCAACGUCGGGAGUCGAAAGACUCGGGAAAGCAUGAAGGGGUGGGUUGAGCGGUGGGAAGCGGAAAAGAGAAAGAGCGGAUUGUAUCGAUGGGAGCAACCGCCUUAA